CGAAGAAGACUCGCCAACUGACUUGGCAGAAGAGGCAACGAAGCUGCCGGCGGAAGAGCGAAGAAGAAUCAAAAUCAGGAAAGAUUUCUUCUUCGGAUCUCUCUAGCCUUCUCUACAUCCUCGAAAUCUCACUGAAACUUCCAGCUUCGUUUCGCCUCCCAAUCGAUUCUGAUCGGAAUACGGCAGCUGGUUGACUCAUUUGCUACUGAGAGCUGUCCGUUUGCUGUAUUACGCGUUUGGUUUGGUUCGACGCCGGCGAUUGAUAAGUGUCUUGGGAAUGUAGUAGUAGUUCUCUGGUCCCUGCAGUUGCCCUGAGAUGGAGGGUUGUGACUGCAUUGAGACACAGUGGCCUGUUGACGAGCUUCUAGUGAAGUACCAGUAUAUAUCAGAUUUCUUUAUAGCCCUUGCCUAUUUCUCCAUUCCUCUCGAGCUCAUUUAUUUUGUGAAGAAGUCUUCCUUCUUCCCGUACAGAUGGGUGUUGAUACAGUUUGGUGCCUUUAUUGUUCUUUGUGGAGCAACACAUUUGAUAAAUCUAUGGACUUUCAACAUGCACACACGAACUGUCGCAAUUGUAAUGACUGUUGCGAAAAUCUCGACGGCUGCUGUAUCAUGUGCAACAGCUUUGAUGCUCGUUCACAUAAUUCCGGACUUGUUAAGUGUGAAAACAAGGGAGUUGUUUCUAAAGAAUAAGGCUGAGGAACUUGAUAGAGAGAUGGGCAUCAUACGGACACAAGAAGAAACAGGGAGACAUGUUAGGAUGCUUACUCAUGAAAUAAGAAGCACACUUGACAGGCAUACAAUAUUGAAGACGACACUUGUGGAACUAGGUAGGACUUUGGAUCUUGCAGAAUGUGCACUGUGGAUGCCGUCAAGGAGUGGCCAUAAUCUUCAGCUUUCACACACUUUGCACCACCAAAUGCCACUUGGGUCUGUUGUUUCCAUUAACCUUCCCAUUGUCAAUCAAGUAUUUAGUAGCAACCGGGCGAUAAGAAUUCCACAUACAUCCCCAUUAGCAAGGAUAAGGCUGUUGACCGGGAGAUAUGUGCCACCGGAAGUUGUUGCUGUCCGAGUACCACUUUUACAUCUGUCAAAUUUCCAAAUUAAUGAUUGGCAUGAGCUUUCUGCAAGGAGUUAUGCUAUUAUGGUUCUAAUGCUCCCUUCAGACAGUGCAAGAAAAUGGCAUGUACACGAACUGGAGCUUGUUGAGGUGGUUGCUGAUCAGGUAGCUGUUGCACUUUCACAUGCUGCCAUCUUAGAAGAAUCAAUGCGGGCACGUGACCUUCUUAUGGAACAAAAUGUUGCUCUAGAUUCAGCUCGCAGGGAGGCUGAAAUGGCCAUCCGUGCUCGCAAUGAUUUUCUAGCUGUCAUGAACCAUGAAAUGCGAACUCCCAUGCAUGCAAUUAUUGCUCUUUCAUCUCUGCUUCUGGAAACUGAGCUAACUCCAGAACAACGACUAAUGGUAGAAACUGUUCUAAAAAGUAGCAAUCUUCUAGCUACACUUAUAAACGAUGUUUUGGAUCUUUCUAAGCUUGAGGACGGGAGCUUUGAGUUAGAGAUUGCACUUUUCAACCUUCAUGCAGUUUUCAAGGAGGUCACUAAUCUGAUAAAACCAAUAGCCGCUGUGAAGAAACUCUCCAUUUUCAUGACAUUGGCGUCAGACUUGCCCUUGUAUGCUGUUGGUGAUGAAAAACGGCUCCUGCAAACAAUACUUAAUGUUGCUGGCAAUGCGGUUAAGUUUACAAAGGAGGGCCAUAUAUCAAUCCAAGCAACUGUUGCCAGACCAGAUUCAUUCAGAGAUCCUCGAGCUCCUGAAUUUUCUCCAGCUGUUAGUGAUGGGCAUUUCUAUCUGCAAGUGCAGGUCAAGGAUACUGGUUGUGGAAUUAAUCCUCAAGACUUACCGCAGCUGUUUACCAAAUUUGCACGCCAUCAGAAUGUUGGAAACAAAGCCUACAGCGGCAACGGACUUGGCCUUGCUAUUAGCAAGAGGUUUGUGAGCCUCAUGGAAGGACAGAUCUGGCUGGAAAGUGAAGGUAUAGGGAAAGGUUGCACCGUUACAUUCAUCGUCAAACUCGGGAUUUGUGAUCAAAGUAGUAACCUGAAACAAACUGCACUCGUUUCUUGACAAAUUCAUGAAGAUGCAAAUCCCUUCAGCUCGAAACCUACCUUCACCCAUGAGAAGGAACAAUUUACUGUAAAGAUGCACUAACCAAAUAAGUGCAUGAUUUCUGUGAUUAAAGUUAAUGUCAAGAUUUUCGUGGUCGCAGCAAACAUCUGAUACUUCAUGUAACGUAUUUCCGUCCACUUUGUUGUUUAUCAAACCUUUGUGAUGUAGAAUUAUAUCGUCAAGUAGUGAUCUUUUCUAACAGGUAGACUAUCA